GCCAGCCCAGUCGGCCCCUGGAGAGCAGAGCGAGCCCAGAAGCAUCCCCCCCUCCCAAGAAGCCAAAACACAGUCAGAAGGAAAGGGAGGCGAUCUGCCAGGCGUCGAGGCAGAGGAAGGAGCAAGAAGCACGGAGGAAGGAGCAGAAGCAGGAAAAAGAGAGGAGGAAGGCCCUUGCCAGGAUGCUGAAAGCUCAGCGACCAGGGGAGUGCCAGAAAUACAUAACGGUGGUGCUGGAUCCAGGUCUCUUACAGGUAGAAGGUGGAGGACAGAUCCUUAGUGCUUUGCAGGCUGCAAAUUAUUCCUGUGUUGUUGAGAGUCAGGCUGUUCCCUGCAGCAUCACUUGGAGGAGAAAGACUGUGUCGUCUCAGAUGGAAGAAGGAGAGGAAUGGACAGAAGAACCAAACGUCCUGAUUGUGCUUCGCUUGGAGGAGUGUUUGUCCAUGGUUCGCAGCUACAAACAAGAGUCCCAGGGCUGUACAGAAAGACAGAAGGACACCCUACAGAGCUAUGUAUCUCAUGUGAUGGAGAAAAUGCCUGGGAAAAUUCCAGCACUGACAGUAGUUGGAGUAGAAAAUUAUUUCAGGUCUCUCAGAGUUCAGUCAAAAAAGAGACUGCAACAGGCAGCACUGAGUGGAAACCAAGAAGAAGAACAGGGAAAACAGAGAAAAAAGAAAGUUAAGGAUUCUGACAUGGAAAUAACCAGAAAGGACGUGGAAGAUGCCUUGAUUGAUCUGCAGCUGGACAAAUAUGUUCAAGUCAGCCCUUUUGAGAGCUGGGAGGCACUCGGAGAAUUUGCCACUAUGUUCACAAAAGCUGUAGCUGAAGCACCGUUCAAGCGAGCUCGAGAGAAGACGGAGUUCCCUUUCUACUUAGAGAAGGGCUGGUGCGGAGGGGUGAAGGUGGAUCGUUCCGGAAAGGGUCUCUUUGAAGUUUGGAAAAGGCAGAUACAACAAUUUAACCGGGUCAGCCUCGAGAUGGCUGAGGCUAUUGUGUCUGCUUACCCUUCUCCUCGGCUUCUGACCCAGGCCUAUAGCAGAUGCUCCUCAGACCAGGAGCGGGAAAACAUGCUGGCUAAUAUCCCUGUGCACCGUGGUGAUGGCGUGACAGCCACCUCCCGGCGGAUCGGACCAGAACUCUCCCGACGUAUCUAUCUGCAGAUGACUUCCCAUGAUCCUGAUCUCUACUUGGAUUGCACUGGGUAG